GAAAGGCAGCGGUCGAAAGAAGGCAAGAGAGGAGAAGAAAGAGAAACCAGGGGGGGCGAGGCGCCGUCCAAUGACAAAGCCCAGGGGUGGGCGCCGGCCGCCAUCUUGUACCGGGCGGCAGUACAUUCACCCGAGUCCUCCGCCCUCGGAGGGGGAGGGGCGGCGGCGGAGGCGAGAAAAGUAGAGAGACGCGCCGGGCAGAAGGCGCCAGCAGCAGCGGCCGCCGCCGCGGAGCCGGACGCGGGGAGGGACGGCGGCGGCAGAGAGACCCGGCGAACGCGGGCGGCCCCGAGCGGCCUUCGAUGCGGCGCAGCGUGAAGAGGCGGCGGCGCCGGCCCCCGGCCGCCCCGGUUGCGGCCGCCCAGGGCGGCGGAUUUAGGGCUGGAGGAGGGGCCGGGCUGGAGGCACGGGAGGAGAAGGUGGUGUACUCGCGCUCACAACUGUCGCUGGCCGACAGCACCAAGGCGCUGGGCGACGCCUUCAAGCUGUUUAUGCCCUGCAGCACCGAGUUCAUGAGCUCGGACGCGGAGCUCUGGAGCUUCCUCUGCAGCCUCAAGCACCAGUUCUCCCCGCACAUCCUGCGCAGCAAGGACGUCUACGGCUACUCCUCCUGCCGGGCCCUGGUGCCCGACCCCCCGGCGCUCCCCGCCGCCCGCGGCCAGACGCGCCGGCCCGGCUCGCGCUCCGCGGCCAGGAGGAGGCGCCGCGGAGCGCGGGCGACGGCCGCCCUCAGGAGGAAGCCCCCGCCGCCGCCGCUGCCGCCGGCCCCCGAGGAGAACUGCCCGGUCAAGCCUGUGUCCCCCGGACCCUGCUUCGGGGGCCGCACCCUGGAGGAGAUAUGGAGGGCGGCCACCCCGACGCUGACCACCUUCCCCACCAUCCGCGUCGGCAGCGACGUGUGGGGCGAGCGCAGCCUGGCGGCGGCGCGGCACAGAGCACGGCAAGUCCUGCGAGUGAACCUGGAACCCACGGUGAGGCUUCGCCGCUUCCCGGUGCCCCGGGCGUGAGCGCGGCCUCGAGGGCGCCUCCUGCCGGCGCCCGGCCCGGGGACUGCGCUUCCGCCCGGAGCAAUGAACAAGUGUCAGUCGAGUGUUUACAGAUCCGGCCAGGACCCUGUCCCCUAGUGCACUUUACGCGCGAAGAAGUCGCCGGAUGGUUUUACCUGCCCCUCGCCGGCGGGACGCGGCGCCGCCGUCUGGGACUCCCCGGGCACGCGUGCCCUCUGCUGCUUCUGCACCGGGUCUGCGGAAGGAGGAGACAGCUGGACCCGCGGGGAAGCUCCCUUCAAUUCCUAACCCCAGAUUGAGACGUCUCCAGUACUAUAGGGGCAGAUCCGUGUUCUCCCUUUUGGACUCUACCUCAUUGGUCUGGAAGUCCUCUGAAAAAGUCGUUAUUUUUCCAAAGGAAUUUGGUUUUGUGCUUGUGUAAUAAAGCCAGAAUAUACUUGCUGGUUAUCUCUCUUCACCUUUUUCUUUUUGACUGCCACCCCUCUUUCUGGACGGAAGAUCGAACAUGUUUUGUGGUGUUGCACUAGUUUGUGCUCAGGGUAUUCUGAAUCCCACUCGUUUCCUACUUUUUACUGGAUUCCAAAGCUUUGACCAAGGAUAUUUUUUAAAAGGUUCAAGCUUGUGAUUGUUAGUAGCAAGAAUUUGUAUGGCUUUGAAUUUCAUGGGCUCAGUGAUUAGAAACAAAGAGGUGCAAAGUACAACUGUUUAAACAUUUUUAAGGUGUUUCUAAAAUUUUUAUAAUUUAAUGUUUAUAUUUGCUGAGCUCCUAAAGAAAAUGGUAUAAUGCACAUGUAAAGUUUUGCUUGGGAAAAGUAGAGAUGUUAAACUUUUUAAUUGAAUAAAAUUAAAGUGCAUUGAAACUACAUGGCAUGUGAUAGACAAAAAUAAAUAAAUAAAUUGGAAAGACUGCUGUUGGUUACAGGAAUGACCGGAAUCCUAUUGAAGAUGAUUUGGCCCUGUAGUCUAACAUAGUAUCCAGGCAUAGUUAUUUCAAGAUGAGAGUUGCGUAGGAAAGAUGCAUGUGUGUAAGCAUUGUGAUUAAAAUGACAAACAGAAUACCCAUUAUAAUUCUCAGAAUUAUGGAUGAGCUAGAGGGGUGAGGGGCAUUUCUUUGGUAUCAAAUACCUGGUCGAAAUAACUUUGGGCAAAAUAGAUCUCUUUAUUUCCUUCUUUGUUUUUAUUGUUGGAUAACAAAUAUCUGGACUAAUAUUCAUCACUUUUAUAAACAUCAUGACAAUUAGUUGACUUUUUUGUACCAUGAUUUUUUUUUAAUCUUCUUUCCAUUCAUAAGUAUGUUUUGCAGUUCUAGGUCUUUGAUUGACAGCUGAAGACCACAGGAAUCAAACAGGCGAGCCACACAGAAUACUGACCCAUCUUUUAUUAUAGUGUUUAUACCAUAUGGCCCAGUGUGGAAUUCUUGAUUAUCCAAGUGCCUUUGGUCGUUGGUGGCAGUAAGACUUAAUAGUUUUUAGCCAGUGGUGCCACAGUGUUGCGACCCAGUGGGCUCCUAUGGCCCUGGUCCCCGUUAGUCGAGAGGUGGAUUAGAAGUACAAGCUUGUGGAAGGUGGACUAGCCCGUACUUUCCGGGUAGUCCAGAGCAACCUCCGCACCAGCCUUUUAUUGAAAUGAAUGAUAUAGGU